GUCUCGACCCUCAAGAGAGGAACCCUGAAAGCAGGAAGCGGUACAGUGAGAUAUUCCGGACCCUGGACGCCAUCGAAAUCUCGAUUGGGAACACGGCGGUCGAUAUGUUCACUGGUGAUGCUGACAGCACCGACGACGCGGACCUGACUGCAGAAAGAGACGUCGUUCCGUUGAAUGAAAGUUUCUGCAAGAGCAAAACCAGUUCAGAGAGGCAAGUGCAGGCAGACCUAACAGUUCAGGAGGCCGACGAAAUGCUGAUAAAAUGUGAAGGCGGCAUCGACGCAGCGCUCGAGUACGCCAAAAUGUGGUGUAAAUACGUCAAAGAGCUUCUCAGCUGGAUUGAGAAACGCCUGAGUUACGAGACAGAGUUUGCCAAAGGGAUGGUGAAGAUUGCGGAAUUGGGACGAAAUGCCGUCUUCCAACAGUACAACAUGCCUCUCCGGGCGCUCUAUAUGAUGGUCCUGGAACACGACAUAAAGAUUGGGAACUCAGCUACUGAGACUGCAGGAUUGCUCCAACAGAAGGAAUUCUACCAGCCUCUGUCAGCCAAGAAGAAUGAAAUCGAGAAAUGGAGGAAAGAAUUCAAAGACCAGUGGACAAAGGAACAAAAGAGAAUGAACGAGUCCUUGUCGUCCCUGCGCAAGUCCCGCCUGCAGUACAUCCAGCGCUGCGAGGAGCUGGAGAAGGCAAAGCACCUGAGCGCCAAGGCGGAGGACGAGUACCAGAACGCAGCCGCCACCAACCCCGGCAGCGCCAGCAAGCAGCUGGAGAAGCGACGCCGUUCCUGCGAGGAGGCCCAAGCCAAGGUUCAGGAAACAGAAGCUUUGUACAAGAUGUGCAUCAGCGACGCCAACUUUCGGCGACAAGAACUGGAGAAAGUGCGAGCGCGGAUCGUCUCCCACAUCCGGAAGCUCAUCUACCAAGGGGACGAGGUGCUGACGUGGGUCACUUUAAGGAUGUUCAAGCAGCGGCAGACUCAGUCGGAACAGAUUCCAGUGGGAUACCAGUACCUCUCCGAGGUCUGCAAGCCGUACAAAGCCGGUGAGAAAUACCUGGAGUUCAUUCAGGCCCUGCAGAAGAAAGACAUUCACGUGGAAGUGUUCGAAUUCGAGCCACUCACUCACGGAGGGCAGAGGUCCCCUCCCAGCGGCAGAAAGAGGAUGGCAUUGCAUCCCGCAGGACCCUCUUCCGCAGGAAAGGACGCGAGCACGCCAGAAGAUACGUCCAGAAAGCAGCUCUCCGCAGAUGGCGAGCUGAGUGCGAACAAAUCCCUCUGCAGUGACACGGAAAGCCUCGGUGGGAGCUGUGAAUCCCGGUCCCUGGACUCUCCUAAUUCUAGCCCAGGCAACUCCGAUAGGAAGUUGUUGAAAGCUCCAUCCACUGGCACCGUGUCCUCCUCAGAUGAUUUCGAAGAACGAGACUCCUUGCACACUUUUGAAAACGAAAACGGCACCUCCCAGCAGCAGGUUAGGAACAUCCCCCUCUCCAGCGCAGCGCAGACCCACCGGCUGCGGAAGCUGCGGGGGCCAUCCAAGUGCAGGGAGUGCGACACCUUCAUGGUCAGCGGCUUCGAGUGCGAGGAGUGCUGCCUGGCCUGCCACAAGAAGUGUCUCGAGAACCUGCUCAUCACCUGCGGCCACAAGAAGCUGCCCAACCGAGUACCCCUUUUUGGCAUCGACUUCGCGCAGGUUCCUCGCGACUUCCCAGAGGAAGUUCCCUUCAUCGUGGUGAAAUGCACCUCGGAAAUUGAAGCCCGUGCCCUCGGGGUGCAGGGGAUCUAUCGGAUAAGCGGAUCCAAAGCCCGGGUGGAAAAGCUGUGCCAGGCAUUCGAGAACGGACGGAGCCUGGUGGAGCUCUCCGAGCACUCCCCCCACGACGUCACUGGGGUCCUGAAGCAUUUCCUGAAGGAACUUUCGGCACCGGUGCUGCUGUCCCAGCUCUAUAACGAUAUCAUCGCGCUGGCCAAAGAUUUGCAAAAACCUGGGGAAGACAAGUUGGACUGCGCAGGCUUCCCCUCCGACCCCAUCCAGAGCAUGAAGGACUUGCUGAGCAGGUUGCCUGGAAGCAACUACAACACUCUGCGGCACCUCAUUGCGCACUUGUACAGGGUGGCAGAGAAAUACGAAGAGAACAAGAUGUCCCCAAACAACCUGGGCAUAGUAUUUGGGCCAACCCUGAUCCGGCCAGGCUCAGGGAGCGAUGUCUCAAUGUCAUGCCUUGUUGACUCUGGGUAUCAAGCCCAGAUUGUGGAGUUUCUCAUUCAGAACUACGAAAGGGUGUUUGGGAUGGAUGACCUGCCUUCAUCCUUGUCCCUCGGAUGUGAAAAUCCUUCGCAAGAAGCAUCGACAGAAAAGGAUGAAGGACCUCAGAGCCCAAACACGGCCCAGACCAUAACUCUAGAGGCACUCCCGCGCCCUUCCCUCAUCCUCUCGUUUGCAUUUGACAGCAAUUACUGUGCUCCAGUCACCGACAUGUCCCCUCGUUGCUCUGAAAUGGGCCGCUUCAGCGUCCCGCGGGACACGGGAGUCGCUCUGAGCGCGCUGCUGCUCCGCACAAGGCAGCGGCUGCUUCCUGGGGCGGCUUUUGCGGCAGCUGUGGUCUGCCAGCAUGGAAGCUGCAGUCGGCAGGUCCUGAACCGUAAUUUUCUCUCAUGGCCCUGCCCUGUGACCUUCUGCAAGCUCCUUCCCUACUCCCCCAAGCGUUACAGGGAAGCCAUCCGUGAGCUGACUCAGGAGGGAGCCCGCAGCCCGUCAAGCGCGGAUGCCCCAGAGAUGAACACAAGCGUCGGCUCAGAGCUGGAGGACCUGGAGGACUCUGCGCAGGAAAAGACAGACAGCGAUUCGGACACGGUGCUGGGGACCCAGCCCAGAUGCCAUUUCAGCCGACAACCCGUAAAAUACAUUCGAACGCCGGUGAAAACCAAGCCAGUCAUUCCCAAAUCUUCCAGUCUGCCCUUGGGGACUACUGCAUUAGCCAACGUGGCAACAGAGUCUGGCGCAGAAGGGAACCCUGCAGACUGCAGCUCCGCCACCAAGGAUGUCCUGGAGGAGGGCACUAGGAACAGCUCGAGUGACACAAGCACGCUCAAGCAGCGCUCAGGAGGGAGACAGCAGCUCAAACACUUUGAGAUCACGCAGGAAACCGCCAGGAUUGUCUCAAAGUUUAAGUUCGAUGACACUUCUGCGUCCCCCGAGCCUUCUCUGGAGAGCACGGGAUCUACUGCGAAGGGAGAGGACCUCAACCCGGGGACAUACCUGUAG